AUGCCAAGUUACGCGGACUGCUUCCAGGUCAGCCCUGAAUGCCCGGUCGAGGCGACGACCUACGGCUACUACCCGAAUCUGGGUGCCAAUAUCUUCUUCACCGUGUUCUUUGGUCUGGUGGGCGUGUGCCAGGUCGGCCUGGGUCUGUAUUUCCGAACGUGGACAUUCUCGACGGCACUAUGCAUCGGCGCGUUGAUGGAGAUGGCUGGGUACGUGGGCCGGAUCUUGAUGAAUGGGAAUCCAUGGUGGGAGAGCGCGUUUGAGCUGCAGAUUGUGUGUCUGGUGCUGGCACCGACCUUUAUCGCCGCCGGAAUCUAUUUGACGCUGAAGCACAUCAUUCUCCGCUUGGGACCAGAGCACUCGUCGCUCAAGCCGCGGCUGUUCACCUGGAUCUUCAUCGGCUGCGACAUCGGCUCGCUGAUCCUGCAAGCGGCUGGCGGUGGUGUCGCGGCGUCGGCGGGAAAAACAAACCAGAAAAUGCUGCAAGCUGGAGACGAUAUCAUCAUCACGGGUAUUGCCUUUCAGGUCGUCACCAUGUCGGUGUGUGGGUUGCUCGCGCUGCAUUUCUUCUGGAAUGUCUUUCACCGGGGUGAUGGAUUGGCCGGUGAGAAGGAUCUGGAAAACAGCGGCGUGUCGACAUCGCAGAGAAGGCUGCCCUUUAUCAUCGGCGCGAUGAUUUUGGCCUACUUCACUGUGCUGAUCCGGUGCAUCUAUCGUAUACCGGAGAUGGCCGGCGGUUGGGGUAACCCCUUGAUGCAGAGGGAGAACGAGUUCCUCGUCCUGGACGGAAUGAUGAUUGCCAUCGCCACCCUCUCCUUCACCAUCUUCCACCCCGGAUUCUACCUCCCUUCGAUGCGGACGGGAUACAAAAACCGCACUUGA